AUGGUAGUGCUGGUGCUUGCGAUAGUGUCGUUGUACGUUUGCCCGGCGGCGGCAUCAGCGUUCGCGGGGGACGACGACGUCCGUGUCGCUCUAAAGCAUGUCGACGCUGGGAAGCAGCUGUCCAGGAGCGAGCUGAUCCGGCGCGCCAUGCGGCGGAGCAAGGCGAGGGCGGCCGCGCUCUCCGCGGUGAGGAACCGCGCCAGCGCCCGCUUUCUGGCAAGGACAACGAGCAGCAAACGCCGCCUACCGGCGUGCCGCUGCCUCGCGCAGCCAGGGGAGUCGGCGUCGUACGAGCCCAUGCGGUGCACCGGGCAGCUCUGCUCCGACAUUCUGCACCACGGCUGCGAGAGGCCCGACACGUGCACCUACCGCUACAACUACGGCGACGGCACGAUGACCAUGGGCGUGUACGCCACGGAGCGCUUCACCUUCGCGUCGUCGGACGGCGACAGGCUCAUGACCGUCCCGCUCGGUUUCGGGUGCCGCUCCAUGAACGUCGGCAGCCUCAACAACGGCUCCGGCAUCGUGGGUUUCGGCCGGAACCCGCUCUCGCUGGUGUCGCAGCUCUCCAUCCGCCGCUUCUCCUACUGCCUCACGCAGUCACGCCCUACGCCAGCGGCAGGAAGAGCGCCCUCCUGUUCGGGUCCCUGUCCGGCGGCUGCGGAUACCGGAGUCGGCGUUCGCGCUCCGGCCCGAAGGCUCGGGCGGCGUGAUCGUCGACUCCGGUACUGCGCUCACGCUGCUACGGGUGCGGUGCUCGCGGAGGUGGUGCGGGCGUUCCGCCAGCAGCUGAGGCUGCCGUUUGCGAACGGCGGCAACCCCGAAGACGGCGUCUGCUUCCUGGUGCCAGUGGCCUGGCGGCGCUCAUCGUCCACGUCACAGGUGCCGGUCCCAAGGAUGGUGUUCCACUUCCAGGGCGCGGACCUCGACCUGCCGCGGCGAAACUACGUCCUGGACGACCACAGGAGAGGCCGCCUAUGCCUCCUCCUGGCGGACUCCGGCGAUGAUGGCUCGACGAUUGGCAACCUGGUGCAGCAGGACAUGCGCGUGCUCUACGAUUUGGAGGCAGAGACCUUGUCGUUCGCUCCGGCACAAUGCUGA